UCUCAGGAACCCUGGGGAGACAGGAGGUAAGGGAGCCAGAGACAGGACCCAGGCUCGCCUGAGGGGUUCUCCCACCCAAAACCCUUCUGCCCUGGGAACUCCCAGGAUCCCCUAGAAGUCCUUAGGGGACUUGGGUCUGGAGCAUUUGCAAAAACAUAAAAACAGCCUUUAGGAAAGAGAGCAUCCUCAAGCAUAUCCAACUUGGCUUCUGAGCCAGGGCAUAUAGGGAAUGUAAUUCAUGGCCCCUCUCCUUGAACUGGCAUAAAGUCCCAACUCUCCCUUUCCUUGAGACUGACCCUCUGAAUAUGCCCCUUUCAUAACCCCUAUUAACAAGGAAGGAGGACACAUGGGACUUUUAUAGGGCCGCCAGCACUGACCACUGGCUCCUUUUCUCCACUCUUUGCUACUCUAAUUAUCCACCUGGUUACUUAGAGCUGCCAGUCUCCCAAGCUCAUAAACCUGAUUUAAUGGUGAUUGGGGGUCUGACCCAGCUCAGACCUCCAGCACCUGACAGAUAAAAGGGUGGGAGCUGAGCUGACUUGAUAGCUCUUGCUUCCCAUUCUCCCCAACAGGGCCUGCCUCUCUGCCUCUCUCUUCUGCCAUGUCGUGCCUAUCCUACCAAAAGGGCUCCAGAUCUGGCAGUCGGAGCUUCAGCUCAUGCUCAGCUGUCUUCCCUCAGAGGGUCACCCACUAUGCAGUGAGCUCGGGGCCAUGCCAGUCUGGGGUUGGUGGGGGCCUCCGGGCCCUGGGCUGCCUUCGCUCACGGAGCCUGUGCAACGUGGGCUUUGGGAGGCCCUGGGUAGCUUCCAGGUGUGGCCUUCCUGGCUUCGGAUACCGAGUGGGGGCUACCUGUGGGUCUCCUGCCUGCAUCACUCCCGUCACCAUCAAUGAGAGCCUGCUAGUCCCACUUCAGCUGGAAAUUGACCCAACGGUGCAGAGCGUGAAGAGGGAUGAGAAAGAGCAGAUCAAGUGCCUCAAUAACCGCUUUGCAUCCUUCAUCAACAAGGUCUGGUUUCUGGAGCAAAAGAAUAAGCUGCUGGAGACCAAGUGGCAGUUCAUGCAACAGCAGAGGUGCUGCCAGAGGAGCAUGGAGCCCAUCUUCGAUGCCUACAUCUGCGCCCUCCGCAAGCAGCUGGACUGCGUGGCCAGGGACCAGGCCGGGCUGGAGUCGGAGCUCUGCAGCCUCCAGGACACGCUCGAGGGCUACAAGAAAAAAUAUGAAGAGGAGCUGUCCCUGCGGCCCUGUGCGGAAAAUGAGUUCGUUGCCUUAAAGAAGGACGUGGAUACGGCUUUCCUGAUGAAGGCUGACCUGGAGACCAACAUGGAGGCUCUGGUCCAGGAGAUCAACUUCCUGAAAGGCCUGUACGAGGAGGAGAUCAGCCUGCUCCAGUCUCAGAUCUCAGAGACCUCGGUCAUCGUGAAGAUGGACAACAGCCGGGUGCUGGAUGUGGAUGGCAUCAUUGCUGAUAUCAAGGCCCAGUAUGACGACAUCGCCAGCCGCAGCAAAGCGGAAGCGGAGGCCUGGUACCAGUGCCGGUAUGAGGAGCUGCGGCUGAUUUCCGGGACCCACUGUGACAACCUCCGCAACCGCAAGAAUGAGAUCCAGGAAAUGAACAGGCUGAUCCAGCGGCUGCAGCAAGAAAUCGAGAAUGUCAAAGCCCAGCGUUGCAAUCUGGAAGCUGCUGUGGCCCAGGCAGAGCAGCAGGGCGAGGCAGCCCUCAAUGAUGCCAAGUGCAAGCUGGCGGGGCUGGAGGCCGCUCUGCAGAAGGCCAAGCAGGACAUGGCCUGCCUGCUCAAGGAGUAUCAGGAGGUGAUGAACUCCAAGCUGGGCCUGGACAUCGAGAUCGCCACCUACAGGCGCCUGCUGGAGGGCGAGGAGCACAGGCUGUGUGAAGGCACUGGGCCCGUGAAUAUCUCUGUGAGCAGCUCAAAAGGUGCGGUCUUGUACGAGCCAUGUGUGGUCAGCACGCCCAUGCUGAGGACCGAAUACUGCACCAGUGGCCUCAAGAGCAGUGGGGGCUGCAGCACCAUGAGCACCGGUGAACUCUACAUCCCCUGUGAGCCCCAGGGGCGCCCGGGCUGCUCCAGCAUGAAGCUAGGGACUGGGGACGGCCCCUCCUGCCACAAGUGUUAGCACUGCCUCCGAGGCUGGGAGUUCAGGAUGCAGGGCAUUAGCCCUCAGCCUGGAUGUUGCCCAUGCUUACCAGAGCAGAACACCAGGACAUUCCAAAACCUCCCCUUCCUGUAUCCAUCUCAGGUUUUCACUGGGAGCCAUUCCUCAGGUCCAUCACAUCUUCUAGAGUAACUUUUACUUAUCUGUGUGCAGACUUCCAGCUAGGCCCUGGGGGCGGCAGUGGGAUGCAAGGUCAGAGACUGCAAUCGCCAUGCCCCUAGACUACUGACAGUCCGGCCCUAGCAUGGCCAAGAGAAUAGCAACAGCCACUGGACACUUCUCUUCCGGAUGAGAAGGUCAACUGUGCACAUCACAGAUCACAGUUCUGCUUUGCACAUUAAAUCAUGGAAGUUUCCCCACAAAGCCAGCCUCCCCCAACCCCUGGAGGUUCCCCACCUCCCUUACCUCUGAUUCUCAUGCGCCUAAGAAAAGUGAACU